AUGCCUCAGAUAUCACAAUUCUCGGCGUUCUUCCCUCCCGCACCAAAAUUCACGGACAAGAAUCUUCCCUCUUUGAAGGGAAAAGUUUAUAUCGUCACUGGUGGCGCUUCUGGCGUAGGCUAUGAGCUAGCCAAGAUCCUAUAUGUGGCGGGAGGAACCGUGUACAUCGCCGCACGCUCAACACCAAGGUGUGAAGGAGCCAUUAAAAAGAUCAAGCUGGAAACUGGAGCUAGUGCAAAUAAGAAUGGCGAGUUGAAGAGCAUGGUCGUUGAUCUGGCUGAUAUGACGACCUUGAAGCCGGCCGCGGAGAAAUUUAUGAGGGUGGAGAGUCGACUGGAUGUGUUGGUGCAUAAUGCCGCCGUUAUGACUCCGCCAGCUGGGAGCAAAAACAAGCAUGGUCACGACCUUGAAUUUGGAACAAACUGUCUCGCACCAUAUGUCCUGACUAUUCUCCUUGAACCCAUCAUUAGCCGCACCGCCACUGCGUCUGCGACGCAGCCUCUUAGCGUGCGCAUUGUCUGGGUGGUGUCGCUCCUUCAGGGGGGAACGCUACCCGGCGCCAUGAAAUUCGAAAAAGAUGGCACUCCAGUGAUAUUGGAGAAGCCGUUUAUGGGCAACUAUUUGCAGAGUAAAGCCGGGGCUGCUUGGCUCGCGGAUGAGUUUUCAAAUCGACUCGGAAGCAAGGGCGUAUUGAGCAUCAGCGUACAUCCCGGACUAAUGAAGACCGAACUCCAGCGAAACUGGGGCCCCUUCACACGAGUGGCUAUGUCUCUCCUUUUUAGAUCGCCACCAGUAUUUGGCGCAUAUUCAGAGCUUUAUGCUGGGUUUUCACCAGAGAUCAAGGCCGAGCACAAUGGUGGGCACAUGAUGGCCUGGGGACGGAUCGCAGAACUCCCGAAGGAUAUUAUUCAAGGCCUAAAGAGCAAGGCCGAGGGUGGGACUGGUGCCAAAGAGAAGUUCAUGAAGUACUGUGAUCGUGAGGUUAAGGAUUUCCUCUAG